AUGUCCCGCAAAGGCGUCGGCCUCGCCGCGUUCGACCGCUCGCGACUGACUUCAGCCCAGUAUGCCAGCCACGGGUCGUCCCUGCGCACUUCCAACGCCGCCGCCCUCGAGACUCAACUUGCCGUCUUCCGCAGCUUGUUACAACAGUUCGCGCAGACCCACGCCCGCGAUAUCCGCUCGAACCCGACGUUUCGCGCCCAAUUCGCGCGAAUGUGUGCUGCGAUUGGGGUGGACCCGCUCGCCAGUAGCAGUAAUAGUGGUGGAAGCGGUGCCGGCAGUAAUUCUAUUUGGGCGCAGUUGCUGGGGCGGUCGGUGAAUGAUUUUUAUUUUGAGUUGGCGGUCCGGGUGGUUGAGGUGUGUGGUGAGACGAGGAGUGAGAAUGGUGGGUUGAUUGAGCUGAGCAAAGUGCGGGAGAGGAUUAUGAAGGCAAGGAUGGAGGGCUCGCCAGAGAUUACGGAAGAUGACAUCCUCCGGGCCGUCGCCACCCUCAAACCUCUCGGCUCCGCCUACUCCAUUAUCCAAGUCGGCCGCCGUCCCUACAUUCGGUCGGUGCCCAAGGAGCUCAACACGGACCAGAGCGCCGUCCUCGAAGCGGCGCAGGUGCUAGGAUACGUUAGCGUGUCGAUGCUACGUGCCAACCUCGGCUGGCAACGUGCCCGUGCCCAGACGGCGUUGGAGGACUUGAUGGGCGAGGGUAUGUUGUGGGUGGACAAGCAGGCGCCGGACGAAUGGGAGUAUUGGAGCCCAAGCUUUAUGCUGGGGGAUCAGGUUACUGGCGGGGUGUGA